AUGACUACACAACUAAGGUAUGAAAAUAACGAUGACGAUGAAAGAGUAGAAUAUAAUCUCUUUACCAAUAGAUCCACCAUGAUGGCAAAUUUUGAAGAAUGGAUCAAAAUGGCUACAGAUAAUAAAAUCAAUUCCCGAAAUAGUUGGAAUUUCGCAUUGAUCGACUAUUUUUAUGACUUGGACGUUUUGAAAGAUGGCGAGAAUAACAUCAAUUUUCAGAAAGCAUCUGCAACCUUGGAUGGGUGUAUUAAGAUUUACUCUUCGAGAGUUGAUUCAGUGACAACGGAAACAGGUAAGUUAUUGAGCGGGUUGGCACAAAGAAAGACGAAUGGGGCAUCUAACGGAGAUGACAGUAACGGGGGAAAUGGUGAAGGGCUUGGAGGUGACAGUGACGAAGCAAAUAUAGAGAUUGAUCCCUUAACUGGUAUGCCUAUAUCUAAUGAUCCUGAUGUGAAUAACACUAGGCGGAGAGUGUACAACAGAGUUUUAGAAACAACAUUGGUGGAGUUCGAAACGAUCAAGAUGAAAGAGCUAGACCAGGAAUUAAUAAUUGAUCCAUUAUUCAAAAAGGCCUUGGUUGAUUUCGAUGAAGGUGGCGCCAAGAGUUUAUUGUUGAACACAUUAAACAUAGACAACACUGCAAGAGUCAUUUUCGAUGCAUCAAUUAAGGAUACACAAAACGUAGGGCAAGGUAAACUUCAAAGGAAAGAAGAAGAAUUAAUUGAAAGAGAUAGUUUAGUAGAUGACGAAAAUGAACCUAGCCAGUCAUUGAUAAGUACUCGUAAUGACUCAACCGUAAAUGAUUCCGUUAUUAGUGCACCUUCCAUGGAAGAUGAGAUUUUAUCUCUUGGUAUGGAUUUUAUAAAAUUUGAUCAAAUUGCGGUGUGUGAAAUUUCAGGAUCGAUUGAGCAACUAAGGAACGUUGUCGAAGAUAUUAAUCAAGCGAAAGACUUUAUCGAAAAUGUUAACAACAGAUUUGAUAACUUCUUAACUGAAGAAGAAUUGCAAGCAGCUGUCCCAGAUAAUGCAGAAGAUGAUAGCGAUGGCUUUGAUAUGGGCAUGCAACAGGAGCUGUGCUAUCCAGAUGAAAAUCAUGACAAUACAUCACAUGAUGAACAAGAUGAUGAUAAUGUCAACAGUACCACAGGAAGUAUAUUCGAAAAAGAUUUGAUGGCAUACUUUGACGAAAAUCUAAAUAGAAACUGGAGAGGGAGAGAACAUUGGAAAGUACGAAAUUUUAAGAAAGCAAACUUAGUGAAUAAAGAAUCCGACCUGUUGGAAGAAACGCGAACUACUAUAGGAGAUACUACUGACAAAAACACAACGGACGACAAAUCGAUGGAUACGAAGAAGAAGCAUAAACAAAAAAAGGUUCUGGAAAUUGAUUUCUUCAAAACGGAUGAUAGUUUUGAAGACAAAGUCUUUGCCUCAAAAGGAAGGACAAAGAUUGACAUGCCGAUUAAGAACAGAAAGAACGACACACAUUAUUUACUGCCGGAUGACUUCCAUUUUUCCACUGAUAGAAUAACAAGAUUGUUCAUUAAACCGGGGCAGAAAAUGAGUCUGUUCAGUCAUAGGAAGCAUACCAGAGGCGACGUUAGUUCGGGGCUUUUUGAAAAAAGCACAGUUUCUGCCAACCAUUCAAAUAACGACAUUCCUACUAUUGCAGAUGAGCACUUUUGGGCGGAUAAUUACGAAAGGAAAGAACAAGAGGAAAAAGAAAAGGAGCAGUCUAAAGAGGUUGGUGAUGUGGUGGGUGGAGCGCUCGAUAAUCCGUUUGAAGAUGACAUGGACGGUGUUGACUUCAACCAAGCUUUCGAAGGAACAGAUGAUAACGAGGAGGCCAGUGUGAAACUUGAUUUACAGGAUGACGAAGAUCAUAAGUUCCCCAUUCGAGAAAAUAAAGUUACUUAUUCAAGAGUUUCGAAAAAAGUUGACGUAAGAAGAUUAAAGAAAAACGUAUGGAGAUCGAUCAACAAUUUGAUACAAGAACAUGACAGUAGGAAAAAUAGAGAACAAAGCUCUAAUGACAGUGAAACCCACACAGAAGAUGAAUCAACAAAGGAGCUCAAGUUUUCUGAUAUCAUUCAGGGUAUAAGUAAAAUGUAUUCGGAUGAUACACUAAAGGACAUUUCAACAAGCUUUUGUUUUAUAUGCCUUCUACACUUAGCCAAUGAGCAUGGGUUGCAGAUAACUCAUACCGAAAACUAUAAUGACUUGAUAGUGAAUUAUGAGGAUCUAGCGACAACACAGGCAGCGUCAUAG